AUUGUAUGGUUGCGGUCAACACGCGUUUUCACAAUCAACUUAUUUUCAACUUUUCAUUCAAUCACUACUUUUUUUUCGGUCAAUGUUUUGGUUUCGGAUUUGAGUUUUGUUUUCAUGUUUUAGUCAUUGAUUUGGGCGUCAAUUAAGCGGACAAAUCGUUUUGGCCAUUGAAUCGGCGACAAUAUGUCGGCACAAAUGCACAGACAAGCGCUUCAGCAGAUCCUGCAGACGGGCGGCACUCCCAAAGAGCAGACCGACCGUUAUCGUUCAUAUCUGGAGAAUGUGUUGAAGACAACCAACGAAGAGCUCGAAGACGGACUCAAGGCUUUCAUUGAGACGAUUGUCAACGAAAACGUAUCGCUUGUCAUCUCUCGCCAACUGUUGACAGAAGUGUCGCAACACUUGGCAUCGCUUCCGCCGGUCAUAUCGAAGAAUAUAUCGCACUUUACGCUCGAGAAAGUGCACCCGAGGGUCGUCUCCUUCGAGGAACAGGUGUCAGCCAUUCGACAACAUUUGGCGCUCAUCUACGAGUCGGAGAACAACUGGAAGGACGCGGCGCUGGUUUUGGUGGGCAUUCCUCUGGAAACGGGACAAAAACAGUAUUCAGUGGACUAUAAGUUGGAGACAUAUCUGAAGAUCGCGCGGCUAUACCUGGAGGACGACGACCCGAUACAGGCCGAGGCCUUCAUCAACCGGGCGUCGCUAUUACAGGCCGAGACCACUAACGAACAGUUACAGGUCAUGCAUAAAGUGUGUUACGCCCGAGUCCUCGACUACAGGCGUAAGUUCAUUGAAGCCGCGCAGAGGUAUAACGAGCUCUCCUAUCGGACUAUCAUUCACGAAGACGAGCGCAUGACUGCCCUCAAGAACGCCCUCAUCUGCACUAUACUGGCCUCAGCGGGUCAACAACGGUCCCGAAUGUUGGCCACACUGUUUAAGGACGAGAGGUGUCAACAGUUGUCGACGUAUAACAUACUGGAGAAGAUGUAUUUGGACAGAAUCAUCAAGAGGUCAGAGUUGAACGACUUCUCGGCACUCCUGCAGCCGCACCAAAAGGCACAGACGUCUGUCGGCUCCUCAAUACUGGACAGAGCUGUCAUUGAGCACAACCUUCUGUCCGCCUCUAAACUCUAUAAUAACAUAACUUUUGUCGAAUUGGGAGCUCUUCUAGAGAUCGAGUCGAUCAAAGCCGAGAAGAUUGCCUCACAGAUGAUAACUGAGGGCCGUAUGAAUGGUUUCAUCGAUCAGAUCGCCGGAAUCGUUCACUUCGAGACCCGCAAUGUUUUGCCCAAUUUUGAUAAGCAAAUUGAGAGCUUGUGUUUUCAAGUGAACAAUAUUAUCGAAAAAGUGGGACAAACUGUUCCCGAAUGGAUGCAAAAAACUAUCGAUCAACAGUCCAUUCAAUAGAUAGUUAAGCAAUUUCUUGAACACUUGAUCUUUAAAUUCAUUUCAUAUUUAAUG